GAUGUACUUACUUUGUUAGAACUACUCGAAGCUGCUACAAAGUUGCUUUCUGUAAUAUUUUAUCCAACAAUAGGAGACAUACAUUUAGUGUUUUUGAGUAUUCAGGAUUUUUUAGAUUCAUAUAUCA